UGAACCAAGUCUCUCUGGCAAGAGUUGCCUUCUUGGUGGGUCAUACGAAAGGGACAGAAGGUGAUUCCAGUGUGGCUUUACAAGUUCAAGAGGAGAUUAUUGAAAUGAAAGAUGUAUUUUCAGUAAAACUGAAACGUCGUCGUUUUGCAGGGCAGAAAAAAGGUGGUACUUUGUUGGGUAUCACAAUUUUUAAAUGCUUGAAUAAAGAAGAGAAUAAGCUUACAGACUGUGCUAUCCAUUUAAAUAACUUGAGUGAAGAUCAUUGUCAGUUAUGGUUUAGACAUCUGAAGGAAAUUUUGAAUGGCUUUCAAAACAGACCUAAAUCCUUGAAAGUGUUUGUUAAUCCAAGCAGCCACAAAAGAGAAGCCACUCAGAUUUAUUAUGAAAAGGUUGCACCUCUUUUUAAACUUGCUGACAUAAAAACUGAUGUCACAGUAACUGAAUAUGAAGGACAUGCUCUCUCAGUACUGAAAGAAUGUGAGCUGCAGGCAUUUGAUGGGGUGGUUUGUGUUGGUGGAGAUGGAUCUGUCAGUGAAGUUGCUCAUGGGCUACUACUCAGAGCCCAGAUGGAUGCUGGGAAAGACACGGACUAUGUAUCAAAGCCUGUCAGAGCACCAGUUCCUCUUGGAGUAAUACCAGCAGGUACUACAAAUAUUUUGGCCCAUACACUCUAUGGUAUUAAACACGCAGUGACAGCGACAUUGCACAUUGUGAUGGGACACGUUCAAGCAGUAGAUGUGUGUACUUUCAGCACUCCAAGCAGGCUGCUGCGCUUUGGGUUCUCAGCCAUGUUUGGGUUUGGGGCGAGGACUUUGGCUUUGGCCGAGAAGCACCGCUGGAUGCCCUCCAGUCAGAGGAAGGAUUUUGCUUUCAUCAAAACACUGGCAGAUCUCAAGGCAGAGGAAUGUGAAUUAUCAUUUCUCCCUCUACAAACUGUGCAGGAAGACUCUCAUGAGAAGGAUGGAAAGAAGAAAGAGAGAACAAAAAAAGGUAGCAAGGAUCAAUGGCAGAAAAUUCAGGGUCACUUCCUGAAUGUGAGCAUUAUGGCAAUCCCUUGUCUGUGUUCAAUGGCACCAAGAGGCUUGGCACCUAAUACGAGGUUGAAUAAUGGAAGCAUGGCUCUUAUUGUUGUGCAAAAUACUUCUCGAACAGAGUUUAUAAGGCAUCUGAAAAGAUACACCAGUGUAAAAAAUCAGUUCAAUUUUCCCUUUGUUGAGACCUACACAGUUCGAGAAGUAAAAGUACAACCAAGGCUGAAAAGUGGACCUGAUGCCAAGGAAAAUGUGUGUCUGAAUGCAGAAGGAAACUACCCUUGGAAUAUAGAUGGGGACUUAAUGAAGGAAGCAUCAGAAGUUCAUGUCCGAGUGCAUCCUCAACUUAUUGAUCUCUAUGGAGUGAACACCGAUGACCUGGAGAGUUCCCAAGUGACGUGCAACUGCAUAUAGAAGGGAGACACUGGAAAUUCUGUAAUAAAGAAUCCUGUUCUCACCCCUAUGUACAGCUCUCCAAGGUCUGGACUUGUACUGAUGCAAGAAGCUUGUACUUGUACUGUAGCAGAAGCUUAAUAAGGAUGUUUGUUCUAUUUCUGGGUUUAAAUUCUUAUUAAAUUAUACAUCUUUAUCAGGUUCUGUUUAACUGUAUCAAAGCUUUUAGGCUUUAACAAGAAAAAAAUUGAUUAUAUCGGUCUCUUAGAAAUCUGGGGUUUGAGAAGGGUCCAUCAGAAUAGAAGAAAUUUUUUUUUCAUUAGUCUAGAUUUUUUAGAAUGAGAUACUUCUAAGUCUGCUGCUGCUAUCCGUGUUGUCAGGUAACUCAGUUCAACACAGGGAAGAACCACUGCUCUACUCACCAGCUUUAGCUGAAGAGUGGUGGCAAAAGAAAAAUAUAUGCAUUUAUUUUUUUAAUCAAGUACUUCUAUUUCUAGUUAUAGUUUUUAAUGUUGCCUUAAUCUAUUCACUCUCAAAAUGUUUCUAGUCAAAUAAUAUAAAAGAAUAUGCUGUUGUUAAAAUGUAUUUUAAA